UCGAUUGUGGAAUAGGUACUACGAAAACUUGAUUAUUUGUUAUAUCGAAAAACAAUAUUGAUUACUUUGUUAAAAUACUUCAAUAACUUAAUUUCAAAAUUAUCAAAAAGUUUGCCGAAGCAAGUAUCAUAACAAAGUGAAAAAGAAAACGAGUUGACGGGAGUCCUUAAGCUGAACUAUUUUAAAAUCAAUCAAAUGUGAUCAGUGUCAUCCAAGUUAAUCAUUAUUUCGAGGAUUGUCUUGGUAACGGCUGUGCUGUAUCGCUGUAAACAAAAAUUGUGUUAUAUUUACAAUGCAAGAUAAUUGCCCAACUUUGGUAUCUUGUAAACCCUUAAAAGCAGAAUUUAAUCAUGUUCAAAAAAUUCCAAUAACAUCAGAAAAUCUUACCAUAGGACGCGGUCUUAGCAACAAUGUAGUCAUAGCCUUCGUAACAAUAUCUCGAAACCAUUGUAUAUUAAAAAAAAAUGAUGCUGAUUGGAUCCUUGAAGACCAUAGUUCCUUUGGAAUUAUGAUCAAUGGUCAUAAAAUAGGCAAAGGCAAUCAAAAAAUAAUAAAACACAAUGACAUCAUAACAUUUGAAUCAACACAAGAAUUUAUAUAUAAAUUUGUUUGUGAAGACAACGAACUUAUGCCUUCCUCAAUAAAACGAAUCAAAUUAGAUACAACAGAUACUACUUUGAUCAAUGAUAUGAAAAAUAAAUUUGAGGAAUCACAAAAUCAUGCAAUUAAACAUAUUGAAGAUAUAAUACACAACACAAAACAAAUAACAAGCACAAAUAUUUUAUUAAAAGAACAGUUACAACAACAUAUGAAAAGAAAAAUUAACCAUCUCGAAAGUAAUUAUGCAUGUCAAAUUGAGAAUUUAAAAGGCGAGCAAGAUGAUGUAGAAAAACAAAAGGCACUACUUAUGGAAGAACGAGAUGCGCAAUUGGCAGUUUUAAAACAGGAUAUGGAAGGACAAAUAUUAGAACUCAUGGAACAAAUAAAAAAACACAAUGAAAUAGAAGCAGAACUCGUUAAGGAAAAUAAUUCAUUAAAAGAAAAAAUGUUAAAAGAAAGAGAAGAGUUUCUUUCGGAAUUAAAUAGAGAGAGUUCAUUAAAACAGGUUAUGUUGGAUAAAUUGGAAGCAAAAAUGGUUGAACAAGAGGAAGUGAGAUUAAAAGAAAAACAAGUAUUUGAGGAACUUCUGAAAAAUAAAACAGAGUUACUCAGAUUAGAAAAAGAUAAGGAACUACAUGAAUUAUCAGAACAGAAAAAGCAAAGGGAAUGCGAAUUGAUGGAAAAGCUCAAGAACAUUAAGAAAAAUCUCCAGGAACAAGUUAAGCAAACUGAAAAACAGAAAUGCGAUGCUCAAAAACAACUUAAUGAUCAAAUGGAGGAAAUGAAAAAGGCUAAGAAUGAGGACAAAUUUAAAAUGGAAUUGCUGAUGCGCGAACGAGAAGAAAUUCAGAAAAGAUUAAUUGAAGCCCAAAAAAAUUCUGAAAAAUUCAUUGAAGAAUUGAAGUCGAGAGUCACAGAGAGAGAGGUGGAACUGGCUGCCCUAGCAGCUGAAAGAAUACAAAAGCAGGCUGAACAAUCAAGCGAAGUUAUAAGCUCAUUGCAGGAACAAUUAGAAAAGGUUCGAAACCAACUUCAAAACGUCGAAAAUGAAAAUAAAAAAUUAUUGAAGGAUUUGGAACCAGGCAAAGAAUCAACAAACAGCAAACUCGCAGAAUUUGGCGAAAUAAUGGAAAGUGAACUGCAGUGCGGAAUAUGUGCGGAACUAUUCGUGACGGCGAUCACGCUCAAUUGCUCGCACACAUUCUGUAAAUAUUGCAUCAAUUCGUGGAAAAAGAAGAAGAUGGAAUGUCCGAUAUGCCGUUCGUCCAUAACAUCGGAAUGUAGAAGUUUAGUUCUCGACUCGUUUAUAGAAAAAAUGGUACAAAAUUUAACAGAAGACAUGAAGAAUAAAAGGCGAGAAAUGUUGAAAAGUCGAAAAGAACUUGAAUCCGAAAUGACGAGUCACCUGAACACAAGUACGAAUCGACGAAGAGACUCUUCUGAAAUCGAUAGCGACGAACUAUCACUCGAGGAGGAGGAGGGGGAGGGCCCCGAUUUCGAAUACUUCGAUUUUUUCGAUUACGGGAGUGAUGGCGACUUCGACGGAUCAGAUUCCGACACAUGAUCUUAGCGCACUAAGGUUGAGAUCGAUGGCACCCAUGUUUCGGCAGCGGGUUGUUUCGAAUGAAGUGAUCGUAUUGGGAGAGGAAGGCCCUCGCGUGCCCUCGACGCGCAAUCGACCCACCUCUCAACGCGACUAUCUUUAGAUCGUAUUUUAUUUCAUAAAUGUAAAAUAAAUAUUGUUCAUAAUGUGAUGUUUUCUUUCAUAAUAUCUACUAUUUGCUUUCUAACUGACAAGUGUGUACCUUACGAAAUCAUUGACAGCCUUUGUAUAAUAUUUAGUUUCUAAAACACACAUCUAAAUUACUGUCGUUGGUCGAUGGCAAUCGAU